AUGCGUCUCUCGCAAUCUCUCGUUGGCGCAGCCAUUAUCGCUGUUGCUAGCGCUAGGGCCUGUGGCAAGCCUCACAAGCCACCUCAUCAUGGGCACUCUCAUAGCCACGGUUCUCAUCCUGGGAAUAAGCCGCGUCCCACCACGGCUAUUUCUUCGAGCUACGCCCUCCCAACAGCGGAAAGUAGCAUCAUCGUCUUUACCAGCACGGCCUCGGAGGAAGAGCCAGAGCCAACCGCCUCUAGCACCCUCGAGACCGAUGAAGAGCAGUCCACCGACAUCCCGGAUGUCUCCAGCACGGAUGUUGAAUCAAGCGCUGCGUAUACCGAAGCACCUACUACCGAGGUAACUCCCACGGUCACCGAGUCUGAGUCUGCUAUCGAGACGACUUCCUCGUCCGAAACCCCCACCGAAACAGACGUUGAAGAGCCCACCACUUCGGCUGCUCCUGCCCCGACCUACACCCGUACAUUCCCUGCCGAUCUUCUCGACCAGCUUCAGGAUGCUAGCAUGCCCAAACUCGCCGAGUAUAAUGCCCACCGAGCUGCUUUGUCAAAGAGGCAGUCUACGAAGUGCACGCUGGAGAAUGCAAUGGUCAGGCGUGAAUGGGCCGACCUGCCUCGUCAUGAACGGGAGGAGUACAUCAAUGCUGUGAAGUGUCUCCAAGCGCUGCCGCCCAAGGACGAUAAAGCUCCCGGUUCUCGCUCUCGAUUCGACGAUUUCACUGCUACCAACAUCAGGAACCACAACGAAACAACGAAAGAUUAUGGCGGCAAGUUCCUUCCCUACUACCGUUAUCUUGUCCACGCCUACGAGACCGCGCUCCGCGACGAGUGCGGCUACACGGGAGCACAGCCGUACUGGAACUGGGAUCGCACUGCCGGGCACCUCAACACCUCGGCCCUCUUCAACGGAGAUUCGGCCUCUCUUGGAGGCGAUGGCGACGGGACGGAGAAUCACUGUGUCACCACCGGACCCUUUGUCGGCAUGACAGUAAACCUCGGCCCCAAGGGCAUCCUCGAUGGCAGCCACCGUCGGUGUCUCCCGCGGAAGCUCUCCGAAGGAUGUGCUGCCUACACGACAAUAGAUCAUACCUAUCCGCUCGUUAAGGAUAGUGCUUACAUGAGCACGCUCCAGGAUGGGUUGGAAAAGAGCGACAGCGUCUUUAAUACGGGUCGUUUUACUGCCUUUAAUGAUCGCGAGAAUGACCCUGCAUCUUUCUCCUCCGACCCCGUGUUCUGGGUUCACCAAGCGGGCAUCGACCGACUGUGGUGGAUCUGGCAGAUCCAGGAUAUUGAGGCUCGCCAGUACAAGGUUAGUGGAGGAGACGAGUAUUUAACCGACCUGGUCGACCUUGGUGUCAAUGGAGAAAAGAGAACCUUGCGCCAGCUCACGGAUACUUUGGGCGGCGAUUUCUGCUAUAUCUACUACUAA